AUGUCUCAAAAUUUUCUUACAAAUUCCUCAUGUCGAAAUGAUAAUUUAACACAAAUUAGAAAUAAAUUUGAUGCAAUAUUAAGUGAUUUCAUACAAAAUAUUCAUAAUGCUAAAAAUCAAGUGACAAAUAUUAAAUCAAAAGCAAAUUCUGGUGAACUUAGGAAUUUCACAAUUUGGUUAAAUUCUUUUGACAAAUUUUUAUUAGAACUAGAUGAAGAAAUCACAAAAUUCAAUGAAAAAAUCGACUCUUAUAACAAGAAUAAUUAUAGCCAACUCAACGAAUGGUCACAUGAAUUUGUAGCAAUUCUUUUUAAAAAAGAAUUACCCCAAGAUAUUACCGCCGAUUUUGAGAAUCAAUAUCAGCAAUGCCAACAACUUAAUGAUCUUUUAAAAGACAGUAUUUCACAAGCAAAUAAUAAUCUCCAGAAAAUCCUUGAAAAUUCUAUUUCUGAAAAUAAUCUUUCCGAAAACCAAUUAAACCAAUAUGCAGGAACAAAUGCAAAUCAACCACUUGUUGAAUUGCUACGCAAAUUUGAAAAAUUGCUACUUGAAACAGAACAAGAUGCGAAUUCUUAUAUUCCUGAUAGUAAAUCAAAAAGAAAUAGCCAACAGGAAAAAAUUCCCAAUUACGAAGAAAUUAUUGAAUGGUUGAAAACUCUUUUAGACAAAUUUAAUGAGGCAAAGCAACAAUUUUCUAAUUCAAAACACAUCCAACUUUGUGUACCGCCAGAAAAUAUUGAAAAAAUUUAUACCAACGUGAUUCAACAAACAGAUAAGCUUAAAAUUGACAUUGAAACCUUUUCCACUAAUUCUUACCUUAAAGGAUUUCCGGAAUCACAAAAUACUAAUUAUAGAAUUUCUAGAUAUAGCAAAUUUACUGAAUACAUUAAAUCUUUUUUAAGUCAUAUUUCUGUUUCAAAACGAGAUUUACUCGACAAAAUCGAUCUUCUUGUUAAUGAAAACCACGACAUGGAUAUUGAUAACAAAGAUGAAAAUAAUCAUUCAACAGAACCUGAAUAUGAUCAACCUUCUAAUAGAAUAAAUGCUUCAGGAAAAAUGAUUUCAAAUGCAAAUCAUAAAUCAACUAAUUAUAAGAAUAACUUUAAGCCUAAUGCAUCUUAUAAAAAAUAUUCUUGGAAUCGAAAAAGACAUGAUCAACCUAACUAUAAUCAACAAAUAGAAGAACUAGAAAAACUAAAAAAUGAGAAUAAAGAACUUUUGGAGAAAGUUGGUGAUUUAGAAGCCCAAUUGAAAUCAGGCAACCAUCGAAUUAAAAAAUUAAUGGAUGAACAUAAAUCUUUAAGAGUCGAAACUGCCAAAUAUCAAUCAGCAUUGGGUAAAGCAACAAAUUUUCGUAUUAAUGAUCAUAAUCCUAAUAGUGUCAGCCAAUUGGUAGAAGACAUCAAAGACUUAAAACAUCAGCUUGAUAAUUUUUGUUCUUUAAAAAAAGUCGAUAUUGAUUAUACAGCUUUAAAGGAGCUUUUGGGAAAAUAUGGCUGCUUAUCUUCUGGGAAUAAACCUAGUAAAAACUUGGUUAAAGGAAUCUUGCAACGUCAUGUAAUUGAAAUGGUUAUUAACAAUGUAAAUAAAUAUCUCAAAAUCGACAACGAACAUGAAAAGUCUCUGGAAACAAGUUUAGUUAAUAAAGAGGAUUCUCUGGAAACAAGUUUAGAUAAUAAAGAGGAUUCUCUAGAAACAAGUUUAGUUAAUAAAGAGGAUUCUCUGGAAAAAA